UCAGGUGGUGUUGUUCUAUCGUCAGGCCCCAGGAAUCGCAGCUUUCUUUUUUGUCUAAAAUAAUUUCGCAAAAAACCCUAAAUUAAAUUUCGGACGAUAAGCCCCAGAUGGUUUCUCGGACAUGGAGCGAAAAACCCUAGCGAUUACAGCUCCGCCUCUGCUCUCCGCUAUGUUCUUCCACCUUCGUGGAGCAUUCAGUUCAUCCAAGGUGCUUGGAUUUCUUCUGCUUCUGUCAUGUCUACUGCUUCCCUUGACCGCAUCUGAACCCUGCUCAGUGAAUGCGUUGCAUAACCCAGCUGAGUGUGAUUCAUGCGGGUCCCCUGGCUACAAUCCUGUUUCAGGUUUUCAAGAUUUUAGUGUUGGAGAUGCUAGCUCAAGUUAUGCUGCAGAGACCCGACAAAGUGUCCAGAGUGUUUGUACCAGUUCACAUUCAUUCUGUUUCCUUUCAUCUUUGGGAUCCGGGAAUCAGUCUGAUCCAUUUUACUCUCUCGGGCAAUCUAAUCCUAGUAAAUCAUGGAGCGACAGGAACUGGACAUCAGAUUAUGACGUGUUUGAAUUAAUGGAUGGGAGGAAAGUUGCGUGCUCACUAAGUUCUCGAGAUGAAACCCCUUUGUCAGCAUCAGCCCAAUCUGGUAGCGCUAAUAAGAAUUCUCUCUCUGCAAGCGAAGGAUCUUUGCUGAAAAAUAAAAAAGAUGGUGAUGCCAAGUUGAAUGAUAAUCCUGGGAUGACAAAAUCAGAUUCAUCCGGUGAUCCUUCUUUCAGUGUUGAAAUAAACCCUCCAGUGUUGGAUUGGGGAGAGAAGUUUGUGUUUUUCCCUUCGGUAGCAUUUCUAACAGUGGAAAACAAAUGCAACAACAGCAUCUUACAUGUUUAUGAACCGUUUAGUUCUGACAAACAGUUCUAUCCUUGCAACAAUACUGGAUUUUUGUUAUCACCCGGUGAAGUGGCUUCAGUCUGUUUCAUGUUUUUGCCUAGAUGGCUGGGGCUCUCAUCAGCACAUUUGGUGUUGCAGACAAAUAGGGGCGGUUUUCUUGUUCAGGCCAAAGGGUUUGCUGUCAAGUCACUCUAUGGUGCUCAGCCUUUAGUAAGCAUUGCCAUUCCAGCUAAUCCAUGGUCAAUGAAGACCUUUUCUGUGUUUAAUCCCCUAAAUGAACCUCUUUUUGUGGAGGGAGUUAUAGCAUGGAUAUCCAUUUCCUCUGAAAAUUCUUCCCUCCACACAGAAGUAAACUGUCUUGUAGAAAACCAUGAUUCUCCUGAGAUACUUCCGUUGGGCAUUAAGGAUCAGUUGAUUGUGAAGAGCAAUGGUCUGGGUGCUUUUCAAAUGGUUGCUGUCAAGCCUUAUGGCAGUUGGGAGAUUGGUCCGGGAAAGAGGGAGGAUAUCCUGGAAAUGGAGUUGUUACCAAAUUUCGAAGGAAGAAUUUCUGGAACUGUAUCUUUGCAGUUACUGAGAUCCUCAAAAGAACAGAUCGAUACAAUUAUAUUUCCUCUUGAAGUAGACUUGGGCAAGAAAAUAGCUUGGAAUGAUCCUAGAGCUCUAGUUUCAGUCUUUCUAGAGCCCCUGGUUUCAUAUGAUGAUGCUGAAAUGACUAUGGCGAUUUCUCUUAAAAACGAUGCUCCAUAUAUGUUAGCUGUCGUCAAUGUCAGUAAAGUUGCUGACACGAGCCUUUUCCACAUCAAACACAACAAAGGCUUGCUGCUUUUUCCGGGUUCUGUAACGCAAGUGGCUUUAAUCUCAUGUGCCCAAUUGCCUUCAGCUGUCAUAGAAGCAUCUGACAUUAACAACAGUUGUGUCGUACUCGUACUGACAAAUGACUCUAGUAAUCCUGAGGUUGAAAUUCUUUGUCGGGAUGUCUUUCACAUCUGCUCAAGAAACAAAAAGGAUUCAAGCAACAAAAAGUCGGGACCUUCAGGAAGUGGCAUGUCUUCUUCUUCUCAGGUUAAGGCACUUGAAAGGGCCCAUUCGGAUGAUGAGCUGAUUCUGGGAAACUGGAAAUCUCAAGGCAUCAGGAGUAACUUGUCUGUCCUCAAAGAACAUGAAGUUACUUUCCCUGUGGUUCAGGUGGGCACCCAUGGAUCCAGGUACAUUACAGUGAAAAACCCUAGCCAUGAACCAGUUGUUAUGCAGUUUGUCCUGAACUCUGGAGAAAUCAUCGACGAGUGCAAAGGACAAGACAGUAUUCAUUUUUCUCAGUUCAAUGGGUCAGUGGCAAGAAAAGGUUCAGAGCUCGGGAAGAACGCGUUCUCAGUAGCAGAAAACGCAGUGACUGAGGCCUAUGUUUAUCCUAGCAGCGAAUUGACUUUUGGUCCUAUACACUUCCACCCUUCAAACCGGUGCAGGUGGAGAAGUUCUGCUUUGAUAAGGAACAAUCUUUCUGGUGUUGAGUGGAUAUCUCUAAAGGGUCUAGGAGGGUCCCUUUCCUUGAUCCUUUUAGAAAAAUCUGAACCUGUCCACACCAUAGAAUUUCAGCCGGAUGUGCCAAGCUCUCUCGGUAUGUCUCCCAUGUGUUACAAGCCAUUGUCUAAAGUGCUGUAUGCCAAAAACACUGGGGAUUUCCCUCUUGAGAUCCAAAGCAUUUCGGUUUCAGGGACAAAGUGUGGAGGAGAUGGUUUUGUUGUACAUCAGUGCAAAAGCUUUUCACUUGAACCAGGGGAAUCAAGUAGUUUUCACUUGUCCUACCACAUGGAUCUUUCAGCUUCUACAGUGAAUAGAGAUCUCGAGUUUGUGUCUGAAUCUGGAGUUAUUCUUGCAGUGCCUCUGAAGGCAAGUAUUCCGGUCUUGAUGCUUAAUCUUUGCAAGAAAUCGGUCUUCUCGGUGCGACUGAAGAAAUUUUCAAUGGCUGUUCUUCUUGCUGCUGCUUCACUCUUUUUGUUACUCUACUUUGUGUUUCCACAAAUGACGGCCAUUAUCUCCCAUGACCACCGCUUCUACGAGAGCAGUAAGAGAAGCUGCAACAGAGUAGCAAUCAGAAGGGCGGCCGAGAAAUCAUCGUCCCAUUAUCAGGAGAAACACAACGGCUUCACAAUCUCCCCCGAAAUGGAUUCUCUGCUAAGGUCAAUGAGGGAAGAUACGCUCGGAAGGAUGAAUAAUGGCAAAGAUGAGGUCUCAGCAGAGGCAGAACAAUCCAGGAAGCUAACACCGGCUUCUGGUUCUGCACCAGAACCCGUGAAUCUAACGGUGAAAACUGUGAGAGACAAGAAGAAACGUAGGAAGAAGAAAAAGGGCGUCGUAACGAUGAGGCUGAUGGAAGUUUCCAGCAGUCACAGUGGGAAUUCGACCCCGACCUCUCCCAUAUCACCUGCCAUAUCUGCAACUCCUGAAACAGACGACCAUCCUUUCAGAAGGGUUGAGCCGCCUGGUUCAGGACCACCUCGAGCCGCAAAGCCGUCGGUCCUGUCUCACUCGGCAACGUUCCCGUGCACGGCUACGAGGUCCGUGACGAUAGGACGGAGCAGUUCGCCGCUGGCUCCGAGUGCGAGGGCUCCAGGGGCGAAACUUGGCGGGAAAGAAAGUGUGAAGAGGAAGGAGGAGAUGUGGUACGACAUGUGGGGAGAUCAUCUGAAGGGACUGAAUCUGAUGGAUAAGUUCAAGGAGGUGAGAGCUGGGAAGAGCUCUGGUCUUGCAGAGGAUGCUGAUGACGACUCCGACAGUUUCUUCGUAAAGGGGCCUCAGAGCUUCUUGACAAACUCUCAUCCCAGAUAUGUCAGUUUCUUCAGCCCUUAGCGAAAAAUUCGAAAUAAAAAAAAAAAUAAAAUUAUAGAAAUACAUGCAUAUCAUUGGUACCAACAAGUUUCAGGCCAAGGAAAUGG